AAUAUAUAUAUUUUGUUAUUGAAGCAGAUAAUAGAUGCUUUAUAUGCAGUAGAUGUUCUGCAAUAAAUAUUAUCAGAAAUUGUUGGGGAAUUAGUACAAUGUAAGGCAUGCGAUUCAACUAGAGGAGGUGUGAAUUUUGGUUGGUUCAUGUAAUCAAAAUUGCAUUAUUUAUAAUGGAAUGACGAGACUGUGAUAAAAAAAUUAAAUGUAAGGUAUGAAAGAAUGAGGAGAGAAUGAACGAAAACAUGGUCUUUUGAAAAGUCUGAUAAAAAUCUAUGAAAAAUUAAGUUGAUGAACUGUAACAAUCAUGACUUUAGUCUUCAAAUGCCACUUCUGUCUGGUUCUGGUUGCCAUAGCAACUCUGUCCGUUGCUGUCCAAGGACAAAACUUUCAAUUGAUGUUCACGAUACCUGAGGAACGCCCGAAGGAAACGUUUGUGGGAAAUGUUUUCAGCGACCAACAGUUUGUGUCACAAGUCCCUCCAGAAGAUCUCAACUCCAUCCGAUUUGGCUUUUUAAAGCAGUCUUUCAUUCAGUCCCUUUUUACGAUUCAAGAAACAUCUGGUAUCAUCUACACGGCAACAGUUCUUGACCGGGAGUCGCGCGAUGUUUGCCAGUCUCAGACAUUGUGUUCUCUGUCAUUCAGUAUUGCAGUUCGUAGUGUUCGACCUCAGAGUUCAUACUUUGCCAUCAUUACUGUGACAAUAAUCAUUGAAGAUAUUAACGAUAAUGCUCCACGCUUUCCUCAAGACGUUUUAAACCUUGACAUCUCUGAAUCGACAACCGUCGGUACCUCAUUUCAUAUUGAAAGUUCUAUUGAUUCGGAUUUUGGGAACUAUUCUGUGCAAUCAUACGAAAUUGGAAAACAAGAUGGAGACUUCAGUCUGGACAUAAUAAAAAAAUUAGAUGGCAGUUUUACCAUAAAACUGGUGCUCAAUUCACCACUGGAUCGCGAAGCCAAAGACAGGUAUAAUGUAGUUAUUAUAGCCUGGGAUGGUGGCAAUCCAAGGAAAUUUGGUGCCCUCACAGUCAACAUUACUGUAACAGAUGUGAAUGACAAUGCACCAGUAUUUCUUCAAAAUGAGUACAAUGUAACAAUACGAGAGAACGCUACGAUUGGAAUGCCUGUUCUUCGCAUAUCUGGGGUUGACCGAGAUACCGGCCUAAAUGGCCAAAUCUCUUACAGACUAAGUCAGAAUCAGCUGGAUGGAAGAGUAGAGCAGUUUUUUACAAUUGUUCCGAUGACUGGUGACAUAACACUUCUGAAGAAGCUCGUUUAUGAGGAACGUUCAUACAGGAUUAUUGCCGAAGCUAUUGACAGUGGUUCCCAACCUCAUGUGACACAGAUAAUCAUUAAUGUCCACGUUGUGAACGUAGGAAACAAUCCUCCCGUCCUUGAAAUCAAUCUGCUUGGUCAAGAGAAUUCAAGAAUUGUGAAUAUUUCUGAGGCAGCUAGUCCUGGCACGUUUGUGGCUCACAUAAACGUCUUUGACAGCGACACAGGCGAAAAUGGCCGCCUUGAGUGCGAAAUAUCUGACAGGAAAUUCGAAUUACAAAGCAUGAGUGCCAGAGGUUUCAAGGUUGUGGUGAAAGGGGCACUUGAUCGCGAAAGCCAAGAUCUGCAUCAGAUUUUGGUUAGUUGUCAUGAUUUUGGGAAGCCACCAUUGAGCGCAUCAUCUAGUUUUCUGGUUUCUGUUGAUGAUAUAAAUGACUGUGCACCAGUGUUUACCCAACCAGUUUACACAGGUACAAUUCCAGAAAACCACAAAGACUUUAGGACAUUUGUACAGAUAAUUGCCUUUGAUGAAGAUCUUGGCAAGGGAGGUGAUGUUAGAUACUACAUUGACCAGGAAAGCACUGAUAAGAAAUUCUGGAUCGAUGAAAUGGAUGGAAACUUGCGUGCAGAUCAAGAAUUUGACAGGGAAACAGACCAGAUUGUAGUUUUCAAGAUCAUUGCUAGGGAUCUUGGCCUUCCUUCAUUGUCAAACAAGGCGAUUGUCAAACUAACUAUCAGCGACAAAAAUGAUAAUGCUCCCGUUAUAAUGCAGCCAACCACAUUUAGCAUCAUGGAGAAUAAAAACUCUGACUCUUUUGUUGGAGCUUUGCUCGCAGAAGACGCGGAUGAUGGGGAAAAUGCCAGGACCAUGUUUCUUAUUCAGCCUGAAUUUGAGUUUAAUGUACCUUUUGUUGUAUUUCCUGAUGGAAAGAUCAAGACAAACAGGCAGUUGGAUAGAGAGCUGCAGAGUAAAUACGAGUUCGGAGUGGUUGUGUUUGACCAGGGAACGCCAAGGCUUAAAAGCUCUGCCAGCGUAACCGUUAUUGUGAAUGAUUCCAAUGAUAACGCCCCCAUUAUAAAAUUUCCUGUCACUAAAAACAACACGGCCAUAGUGUACAGUGAUGUCAAUCCAGGACACAAAGUGACACAGAUCUAUGCUGAUGAUUCAGAUGAUGCAUACAAUGGGAUCGUCUCGUACGAUAUUACAUCUGGAAAUAGCGAGGAUCUUUUCGUAAUUGACAAUAAGCUGGGUGGGAUUUACAUAACACGAAAAGUUUCUGUCUCCCAGAACAAGACAUACCAAUUGAAAAUCGCUGUGAAGGAUGGUGGGACUCCACAGCAUAAAACGGAAUGUGAUUUGAACAUCGUCUUGGUUAAAUCGGUCAACUCAAGCUCCACUGAAAAUGACCAAGACAGUAACACUAUGAUUGUUGUUGUAGUCGUCUCUCUGACUGCAGUCCUCUCAGUGGUCCUGAUCAUUGUAAUCUGCUUCUUGCGGAGAUUUGAUCAUCGUAGCAAGGCGCACAGAAAUCUGGACGUCGUAGCCCCGGACGAUAAGUACCCAAAGUGUUAUAUGGACAACCCGUCACGUUACUUAGGUAAUGGUCAGGACAGUCUCGAUCAUCUGACCUUGACCUAUGACCCAAUUAUGUCGCCAGUUGUGUGUAGCAAAAAGAAGGAAGUGAGCUUUGAUAUUGAUGAUUCUACAGAGCGUACCGACCUCAGGGACCACCACAAUACUACCAUGUCAACGUUCUCAAUGCCAGAGUCAGAGAAGUUACAGGGCUUAUCCACAUGUGAAGAAGGGGAGGAAUGUAGCCCAGAUCAAAAUGGCCGCCUCAACAAGAUCCAGCUCCUGCAGUACCAUCAGGCUGUUCUCGAGUCCCAGACACGGGCCUGGCUACGGACUCAAGAUGGACAUGAUGAAAGUAGCAGUUUUGAGGUUACAAUGCCAGACGAUAAAUAUAGCGAUACGUCCGAAGAAGUCACGGCCAGCGAUAGUGGCAAGGGCGGCAGUGAGGAUGACAUACCCUCCAACCACUCCAAAGACUUGAAAAACAGAGUAGCUAACACCUCGUCCCAGGUUUCAGUCAACAACAAAUUCCAGACUCACCACUAUGUCGCGCCUGAGUUUCGACGGCAAGGAAGCCUUCAGCGAAAAGCGUGUGACAUAAACUUUGGUGACAUUUGCAUGCACUCCCCUGCCAGUCCCUUGACAGAACUGCCAAACUGCCGACCUGAGAGUAGGGCGAGUCUAGCACAUUCCAUCCCUCGUCCGAAUUCGCAAGCAUCGGCUGCAUUUUACCCAAAGGAAGGUUGUGGAAACAUGACAAUAGACAGUGCUCUUGAUCAAAGUGCAUCUUGGGAUGCUGCCUCAUAUGUGUGAGACACUUACAUCUAAGAAUCAAGAAACUUUGUGACCUUUAAAGCAACUGCCAUUGUUUUCUUUAAUCGAUUUUUUUGGUGAUAUUUUGUUACGUCUGCUAUUCUAGCCCCUAUGUAUCAUGUAUGUUGAAUAACUGUUGUGUUCUUGAAGCCACAAUUUCAUUGGUCGUUCUGGUUAUAAAUUAUUGCUUACAAAUUAUAUAAUUCUUUUCAUUUUGUAAAUCUGUUGUUAGUUUUUCUCUCAUUUGAUUUAUUUUAAUUUGUAAACACUGUUAUUUUAUGUGAUACUGUGAGGGCGUUUAGACAUCUAAGGGAGAGUAUCAUUACAGAAACUGUUAAUGUGCUUCAAGAUUAAUAGCCCUUGUUUAUAUCUCUAUAGAAAAAAUAUUGUGAGGCAUUUUUGAAUUGCAAAUUGAAAAUGAAUAGCAUGUCAUAUUUAAAGUA